AUGCAGCCAUCAUCGCUCUUGUUCCCCCUGGUGCUCGUGCUGGUCGCUUGCACCUUGUCUGCUCCAUCAGUGACUCUGGCCGAGGAGAGCACAGGAGCAGGUCUUCUUUGCCAGGACGUGGACAACACCUUGCAGCGCAUCGUCGCGUCCUUUCAUAAAAAUGGAGUCCCUUUCAUUGGCGUUGAAGCACGGGAUCUGCGGACAGCAGCAGAGGCAACAGCGGCCCCGACAAUGCCCUCACACAACGCCAGCACCUCGCACACCAACGGCCUGAACAGCCAGCAGACCGCUUUUCCUGACAGCGAGAACGUGGGUGAAGAGCCGAUUGACCUUCUGCCAAUCUACCGCUGGCUCAAGGCAUCGGCUUCCGGUGAAGGACGCACUAAACACUGCACGCUCACCAACUUCCUCCGAGAGCCCGGCUGCCAUCCCACUGUCGUCGAGGGCAGCGAGAACGUCACCGUUAUCCGAAUCACCUUUGACGGUUCCUUGCCAAGCCCAUUGGCCUACGGAGCCGAUCUUCCCACAGAUUGGCCUUAUGACGUGCCUCAGCUUGUCUUAGACGGUCAGGUCACACAAGGCCCUCUUGAGUGGCUGCUCGAGAACGGCCCGAGGUCAGGUGGCACAUGGACUGGUGUCAAAACCUUGCACAUCACAGGACUCUCGUUCAGGACAUUGCACCUGGCGAACAUUACUGCCACUACUUUUCCCUCCCUCGAGUGCCUGGAGAUCAUCAACAACCGCCACUUGCACCUGAACGUAGACAACUUUACGCCACCAAUGCAACUCAGGGCUCUCAUCCUCAAUAACAACUCCAUGACUACGCUUCCUCGCAACAUGUUCGCUUCCCUGUCGCAGUUGAAGGAGCUGCGCCUGGACUACAACCGCUUUCGCCGCCUCAAUCAUACUAUCUUUGCCCCUUUAUCGAACCUUACCGUGUUGUCGUUCAUCCACAACAGGCUGCUCUCACGGUCAAUGUUCUUCCUUCGACACUUGGGCCAACUGCAACGCCUCGAUGUGCGCUUCAACGAUCUUACGCGCCUGAUUUCCCGCGCGUAUUGGCAGCUGACCAGCCUCACCCACUUGUGGCUUGGGGACAACCCCAUUGGCCGAUUGCCUCAGGACCUACUCGCCAACAUGACUCGCCUCGACGUGAUCGAUAUCAGCUCUGCACACGUUUCUUUGGUGCCUCGCGGGUUUCUCAGCGACAACAAGGUGUUGGGAAGGAUUGAUCUUGCAAACAAUCUCCUAUCGCGGCUUCCCGCUCACCUUCUCAAUGGCCUGACACAUCUGCACACGGUGCGACUACGCAACAACGUCAUCACAACCUUGCACCGAGACUUCUUCAGAGAUGCGCAUGCUCUGACUACUCUGGACUUGUCGAGAAACGGCUUGGGCGGCCUCCACCCCACGCUGCUCAGCAGCUGCCCAGGUCUUACAGAAUUCAACUGCAAUCACAAUGAGCUGCGGCUCCUGCCGCCCCUGUUCUUCCAAAACAACACCAAUGUGACACACGUACGCCUCAGCGACAACGCCAUCACAUCGCUGGAGGGCGUUCUCCGUGGCCCCCACCAGCCCCAUGUGCUUGAUCUCCAGAACAACCACCUCACUUCAUUGCCCAUUGACAUGGAUGUGAGCGAGUUGCAGCAGCUCUUGCUAAGUGGCAAUCCUCUGGUGCACCAGCCGAGCACAGAAGGAAUGGUAGCCUUGCACACGCUCCAAAUGAAUGGGCACCGCAUCUCCCGUCUGGAUCUCACCCCAAUUCUUGCUCUUGACUCCCUGACAACACUUGAGGCUGCUGCCGCAGACCCAUCCAUCGGGUCAACACUUGCGGGUGUCAACUGGGAGAGGAUUCCGGCAUUCUCAGGCACCAAGUUGCACACGCUCGUCUUGACCAACGUUGCUGCGAGGGACUUCCUGCUCGCAUCCCUCGGACGCAAACCACAGCCCACGACUCCCCUUGCAUUGAAGUUGCGUGACUUGCGCCUGGGCUGGCGCGGCUUCAGUGAAGCCGACUUCUCAAUGGAGGACUUGUGCACGCUCCUGGCCGAGGAGGUGCUUCAAUUCAGGUUGACUCACACUGACUUUGAGGAACUGAAGCUCUGUGAGGACGUGGAGUUCCAGGCCGUACACCUGCCCAACAACCCACAGUUGACAUCUGUCACUGUGCCGAACGAAUUGCUCGAGCUCAACGUGGCAGGAAGCGCGAAACUUUCGAUAAUCAGUGGGCAGAAUAUUGAAGUGUUGGACAUUAGUGGCACAUCUGUCCGGGCAUCCAUCACCCUGUGCACACACCAUGGGCAGCGAGUGCUGUUUGCACGCAACAUGGCCUUGAGGCCUCGGUCAAUCGAGGCCGAAAUACCCGUGCUCGCGGUGAUGGAGCGGUGUUUGCGGCUCGUUGAUGUCUUGGAUAUAUCCGGCAACAGCUGGAUCACCAGGGCUAAUAUCGUGUCUCGUUAUGCAGGCUUGCCCAUUGUGAUUUCUGACCAUCCCGUUCAGAGCAUUAGCGGCGCCAACCGCCCGCACAAUGACCGCGCACCCAUCUUCCAACUGCAGGACACGCCUGUGCAGUGCGAGGUAAAGUUCACAACGGAGGACCUCGUUCCUCGGGAGCAGGCACAGGCAGGUGGAGCUCUCCGCCCUGUAGCAUAUUCCGUGUACUCGUUUCAAUGCACGUGUUCCCGCGGGUUUCAUAUGAGUGGCGGACAGUGCGUCCACGACGAUCGUGAAACCGUCAACAUCGCAAUUCUCUCCGUCUUUGCUGGCCUGGCAUUUGGCUUGCUCAUGGCCUGGCUGUCACGCCGCUACCGUGGGCUCACCAAGCGCAUUGGCCUUCAGCAGCAGCUGCUGGUGGAGAUGGAUGAGGAGGUGAUGGCGCUGAAGAAGGCGUGGGAGAUUGAGUUUGGUGAGCUGAGGCUUGUUGAGCGUGUUGCUGCGGGUGCCUUUGGCGUGGUGUUCAAGGCAGAGUGGGACACCGUGACGGUGGCAGUGAAAGUGAUGCAGCAAGGUGUGAUGAUGUUUGACGAGAACACGGUGCAGGAGUUUGAGAAGGAAGUGGAGUUCCUCCAAAAGACACGUCACCCGAAUGUGGUGCGGUUCUUUGGCGCGGGCACAGACCCCAGCGGCAGCCCGUUCCUGGUGCUGGAGUUUGUGGCGAUGGGAUCACUCAAGGACUUGUUGCGGAAGGACAUGGAGGAAGUGUUGUCCGAGCUACGCCUGCUGCGCGAUGUUGCCAGUGGGAUGGCAUUCAUCCACAGUCUCGACCAAGUGCAUAGGGAUCUAAAGAGCGGGAAUGUGCUCGUGUCCGGCCGCCUUCGCGCCAAAAUUUCGGACUUUGGAUCCAUCCGCCAGUGCUUCACAGGAACGGCAACGACGACAGCAGCGACGGCGCCUGGCGUGUCACGGACGUCUUCCCUGCGCGGGUCGAUAACCAGCGAUGUGAUGUACUCUCAGCACGCAGGCACGGCGACAAUGGUGAGCGCGACGCUCACAGCUGGCGUGGGCACGCCACUGUACAUGGCGCCAGAGGCACUGAUGGGCGACAAGUAUGACGCCAAGGCAGAUGUGUUCAGCUUUGGUGUGCUGAUGUGGGAGGUUUCAACGCAGCGAGUACCUGACUUGCUGCAACAAGAGAAAGGGGAUGGGUAUCGGGGACCAAUGCUCGCCACGCUCUUCAACCUUCUGGAGGAAGGCAAGCGGCUCAAGUUUGAGGACAACGACGAUGGUGCGUUCGUGUUUCCGGAGUGGUUCCAGGCGUUGGCGGAGUCGUGCAUGGCACUGCAGCCAGAGUUGCGCCCGUCCUUUGCUUCGCUUGACGCUCGAUUCAUCUGA